AGCCCUUGAUAUCUAGUUAAUUACAAUGGAGCAGUGGCCGGAGCCAGUUAUCCGUGUUCAAUCUCUGUCGGAGAGCGGUGACAGGGCUAUACCGGAGAGAUUUAUCAAGCCACCAUCGGAGCGGGUGACUGCUCAUCAAGGACCGGAGAAGACGAUGAGCAUUCCGAUCAUUGAUAUAGGUGGCAUAGCCAAUAGAAGCAAAUUUGAUGAAGAUACCAUGAGAACCUUAUCAAAUGCAUGCAAGGAAUGGGGUUUCUUUCAAUUGGUGAACCAUGGGAUGAACAAGGAGAUCUUAGAGAAGACUAAGGAGGUGUGGAGAGAGUUCUUCCACUUGCCUAUGAUAGAGAAACAAGCUUUCGCAAACUCUCCGGUGACUUAUGAGGGAUACGGUAGCCGUGUCGGUGUCGAAAAGAAUGCUUCUCUUGAUUGGAGUGACUAUUUCUUCCUCAAUAUCUUCCCAAAGAAUCUCAGGAACUAUGAGAAGUGGCCAUCUCUACCGAAUUCUCUUCGGGAGACUACAAAGAAUUAUACCAAGGAAAUUGUGAAGUUAUGUAUGAUUUUGAUGGAGAUGCUUUCACUGGGAUUAGGGUUAGAUAAGGAAUAUUUUAGAGAAGCUUUUGGGGGUGAUGAAUAUGAAGCUUGUUUGAGGGCUUGCUUUUAUCCCAAGUGUCCUCAGCCGGAGCUCACGCUUGGUCUCUCUUCGCACUCAGAUCCCGGAGGAAUCACUGUUCUUCUCUCCGAUGAUCAUGUCUCCGGCCUUCAAGUUCGAAAAGACGGUGAAUGGGUCACCGUUAAGCCUGUCCCCGGUGCCGUUAUCGUCAACAUCGGUGAUCAAAUUCAGGUGAUGAGCAAUGAUAUAUACAAAAGUGCAGAGCACCGUGUGCAAGUGAAUUCAGAAAAGGAACGUCUAUCAAUGGCACUGUUCUUCAACCCAAAAGGAGACAUACCAAUUGGACCGGCUAAACAGCUUUUGUCUCCACAAAAGCCUGCUCUUUUCCAGCAUAACUUUACUUUCAAUGAGUAUAGGCAAUUCAUAAGGAAGAGAGGCCCCACUGGCAAGUACCAACUUGAAUCUUUGAAGACUAUGUGACUCUUAAAUAUUACCUAUCUUUUCUUUUAGCUUCCAAAAGUGGCUAAAACUUUGUAACAAGAAUAAUAAGACCCAAUAUAUAUAUACAUUUGUAUGUUGUUAAUUUGAUGUUGCCAUCUUCAGUGCUGUUGUAGCCUUGUAGCAUUAAUGUUGGCAAUUCUAUAAGAAGUGAGUUCAGGUUUAUUUGAUCUUUA